AUGGGGGCACUGGGGCUGGAGGGCUGGGGGAGGAGACCCCAGGGGAAGGGCUGCCUCCUGCUGGCUGUGGCAGGAACCACUUCCCUCGUGACCCUGCUGCUGGCUGUGCCCAUCACUGUCCUGGCUGUGCUGGUUGUGGUGCCCCAGAAGCAAGGACUGGGUCCCAGGAGCCGCCGGAGCAGGGCGCAGAAACAGACCCCAGCCUUAGGCUCCCGGCUGCCCACCUCAUAG